ACAAAAAUUGACAGAAACAAAGCAACUGGCAGCGGUGGUGAAACUCGCUUAAAUGAAUUAGAUAUGAUAAUGGGUGAUAUUCUUGGAGUCGAUUCUCCUGUGGUUGCUGGAUUAACAAUACCUGAUGCCAAUUGCAGUAAUACUGAUGAAUUUGAGUUUUAUAAUAAAAAAAAAGAUGAAAAUGAAGAUUUAAUUAUUGAUGAUAUUUCAACUUUGACUCCAAAAUUAUCCAUCAAAAGAAAGGCAAUGUUUGAAGGUAAACAAAUUCUAAAAUUAUAUAUUCUCAACUUUUAA